CUUGACGAAAUCAUCACAACUUCACUCACCACCGUCCAGUGAACAUCAAGAGUCAGAGAAACAAAAUGGCGUCCAACAAAGUGUUUUGUCUGGUGGCCCUCGCCAUGUUUGGGUGCGCGGUGGCCCAGCCGGCCAAGGCUGGCUUCUGGAAGGGAACCCCCAUGGACGGCAUGGUCGAGGAGAUGCGGUCCGGCUGCACCGAGGGGGCUGACCCCACCGCCUGCAUCAAAUACAAAGUCAUGUCUUUGUUGGACAACAUUUUCAACAAGGAAAGCUUCCAGGUGUCAGACGUGGAAGUGACUAAGAACGGCGCCGGCAACGACAUCACCGGCAGAUCUUCCGGCGACUUCUUCGACAACGUGGAAGACUACAUCCAGUCCCACGAUGUGACCUUCGCGCUCCCCAUCGCCGACACUAAAGUCACCGUCAGCCCCAGGAACCUCGCUAACGAAGAGCUGAGCCUCAACAUCAAGUUUGGAAGCGAGGGCGCGCGCUCCGUCGGAGAGGCUCGCAAGGCCAAGCUCAAGAAGAUCAUCGUGCCCAUCCUGGUGUUCGUGCUCCUCAAGGCCAUGACCCUCAUCCCUCUGGCCAUCGGCGUCCUCGGAUUGAAGGCCUGGAACGCUCUGCAGCUGUCCUUCUUCUCUUUCGUCGUCUCUGUCGCUCUCGCCAUCUUCCAGCUUUGCAAGAAGUUUACCCAGAUCGCGGCCGACAACACCCACCCGCAGAUCGCGGCCCAUGGCCCGUGGGACGCCGCCUACGCCGCCACCCGCCACCGCAGGGAGGCCGACCCCAAGGAGGACGCUCAGGAGCUCGCCUACAACGCGUACUACUAAUUUGAACGAAGCCAAACCGACCCGACCUCAUAGACAACGACCCCCGAACGCGCAAUUCCUAAUUCAAAAUUGACCGCGAACGGGCCGACAACCAAAUAGUAAAAUGGUUUCUCGAAACCGACCGUGUAAAUACUAUGUACUUAUUUGAAAUGCAAUUUAUUUAAUUAAACCUAAUGUUGUGAGCGAGUGAUUGUGAUGUGUGUAUGACUGAUAUUUAUUUAUUUAUGAUAAUAGUAGUAAAUUGUGUUUUUUAAUAAAGCUAUGAAUAUAA